GCCCGCGGUGGCCAUGCGAACUGGCCAUCGGGAAAUUCCUGUAAAUUUUUCCUCGACGCGUUGUCAUUUUUCCCGCCAAAUUAGUGCGAACGUUGUUUUUUAUUGCGAUAGUGAUUUGUUUAACUUUUUUAUAAACCUGAUAGUGUUUUGUGUUGAUAGUGUAGGUGUUUUUAUUUUUCUGAAAUGCAGGUGGAAAUUACUGUAGACGUGCACACGGUUCAUCCCUCCGCAUCUGGACCAAAACUUGAAACCAAAGGUCCCAUAACAAAGGCACCAUAUGGAUCCUGGUGCACACCUGAAGCAACUCCAGCACAUAAUAAAUUGACACAAAGUGAUUCAAACACUGAAAACAAAUCACAGAUCAAAGAUGAGUCGAAGCAGAAUCAAAUGAAAGGGACAUUUCUUCAAUUUCAAAGAAUCCACUUGGUUUCAUCAAAAACCGAACCAGAGUACAGUUCUAUGAAUGACAUCACAGAAGCGCCAACAGAACUUGAAGACCUGAAGGCACCGAAAUCUAGAAGCAAUUCGACAAGAAAAUCACCAGCCAAAGAAUCUCCUCAGCCCGUGGUAGAGACGCCACAGAGCCCAGUGCCAUCGUCACCUACCAGAGACAAAAAGUGUCGUGGAUUCUUUCGACGACUACCCCUGUGCGACCCCUUUGUGCCAAUUGACCCUCAAGGCCGAGGCUACAUCACCUGGCUGCUGCUGGUAACUUUCUGCUACAGCUACAAUGCGUGGUGCAUCGCCCUCCGCGCGACAUUUCCCUACCAGACUCCGGAGAACACGCCCAUAUGGAUGGCCGUCGAUUACUUCUGCGACUUGGUCUAUUUGUUGGACGUAGGGCUCGUGAAGCCCCGGCUUAUGUUCUUACAUGAAGGCUUCUGGGUUGAUGAACUGGCUGAAACCAGAAAGAACUAUAGGAAGAAAUUGCAGUACAAGUUCGACGUCAUAUCACUAACGCCUUUAGACCUGUUGUACUUCUACUUUGGCACGCACAUGGUUAUCCUACGAUUUCCAAGGCUUCUGAAGCUACAAACGUUUUGGGAGUUCCACCAGGCAAUGGAUCGUGUGCUGUCUUCUCCUUACGUGGUACGAAUCGGGAAAACUUUAUUCUACAUCUUCUACUUGAUUCAUCUGAACGCGUGUGCUUACUAUGCCAUGAGUGACUGGAUAGGUCUCGGCUCCAACGAGUGGGUGUACAACAACGAGGGCAAUGCUUACAUCCGCUGCUUCUACUUCGCCACCAAGACCGCUACAUCCAUCGGCAAGAACCCUAAGCCAGAGAACACUGAGGAGUACUUGUUUAUGACGGCGGCCUGGCUUAUGGGAGUAUUUGUGUUCGCACUGCUCAUUGGACAAAUACGGGACAUCAUUGCCACGGCUACUAGAGCACGAGCGGAGUACCGCAAGACGGUAGACGGCUGCUCGCGCUACCUGCGGCGCCUGAGCAUGCCGGCCUCGCUGCAGCGCCGCGUGGCCUGCUGGUUCAGCUACACCUGGAGCCAGCAGCGCUGCUUCGAUGAAUCUAAGAUCUUGAAUUCUUUGCCGUACAACAUGAAGAGAGACGUCGCUUUAGCCGUUCAUAUGUCAACACUUAGCAAGGUACAACUCUUCCGCGAUUGUUCCGAUUCGCUACUUCGCGACUUAGUGCUUCAAUUGCGGCCGGUGUCCUUUCUCCCAGGUGACGUGGUGGUGCGGCGUGGUGACGUCGGUCACCAGAUGUACAUCAUCAAGGCGGGCACGUGCUAUGUAAUGUCUCAGGACGAAAACGAAGUGCUAGCGACUCUACGAGAAGGCUCAGUUUUCGGCGAAAUCAGUUUAUUGGGAAUAGAGGGUUUGCGAAGGAGAACUGCUACAGUAAGGUCUCGCGGCUACUCGAACCUUUUCGCAUUAUCUCGGAACGAUCUUGAGGCCGCACUGAAACACCACAAAGAGGCCGCUCAAGUGUUGCGUCUACGAGCUGACCAGAUCAUCCGGGAGAACGCAGCCCGUCAGGCCAAGCAACGCAUGGCGCAUAUCCAGGCCAAGAAGUCCGCAAGUCUCGCAUCCGAUUCUGUGUCUGUGGCCAAGAAUAGAAGGCUCUCUAGCGUGUCUAGCAAUGAUAGCAGCUCGGCCAUGGACAAGCGACAUCGCUCCGCUAGUGCGCUGUCCAAAAGAAGACUGUCUGCUGUUUCGGAGAAUAAGAACGCGCAGAGGCCCGUGAGCCGACCAUCCCUGGCUCCGGUGCGCAACCUCGCCAAGACUCCGUUACCCACCAUCGUGCUCUCUUCUGACUGAAACGAAUAAAUAUCAACUUUUUGGAGUGUCAAAUUGUUUUCUCGGUCAAAAUGCGUUGCAACUGAUUCUUCGUCAACUCAUUGGACAUUUUUUAUUGAGUAAAAUAAUAUUUUACUUUACUUUUUUUAUAACCUACCUAAUAUUUUACAAAAUGUAAUACAGUCAUCCGUAAAUGAGCCUUAAGUACCUACGUUUUCAGGGGCUUAGCAGGGGGAAGUACGAAAAUUGAUGUAAGUAGGUCGAUGUUUUUUUGGGUGUGCAGAGAAAUUAAUUAUAGCGCUCAAAGUAAUUUAUUAUUGGCAAUACUUAUGUUA